AUGGGAAGUCAAAUGGAGAAGCAAUUUGCUUGUGCUUUGGCAUUUUUCUUGAUUGCCACAUGCACUAUGGCAUAUUCACCUUAUUCUUAUGAUUCAACAGAUUCAACAUACAAUAAAAUACCAACCACAGUAGCUAAAAGUGAAGAUUACAAGUUACCCUUAGUGCCUAAAGAGGAAUACAAGGUGUCUUCUUUGCCAGAGAAUGACUUCUACAAGAAGUUAUCAGUUCCAAAAGACAACUAUAAUAAGAAGGUGCCAUCAAUUUCAAAAGAUAACGACUACAAGGAACCCUCAAUGCCUAAAGAGGAAUACAAAAUGCCUUCUUUACCAAAGAAUGACUACAAGAAACCAUCACUUCAAGAAGAUAACUACAAGAAGGUGCCAACUGUUUCAGAGCUACCUUCAGUGCCUAAACCAGAAUACAAGGUGCCGUCUUUGCCAAAAAAUGACCACUACAAGAAAACAUCAGUUCCAGAAGAUAACUACAAGAAGCUGCCAUUUGUUUCAGAGGUACACUCAGUUCCUAAAGAGGAAUACAAGAUGCCUUCUUUACCAAAGAAUAACUACAAGAAACCAUCAGUUCAAGAAGAUAACUACAAGAAGGUACCAACUGUUCCAGAGAUACCCUCAGUGCCUAAACCAGACUACAAGGUGUCGUCUUUGCCAAAAACUGACCACUACAAGAAAACAUCAGUUCCAGAAGAUAACUACAAGAAGGUGUCAUUUGUUUCAGAGGUACCCUCAGUGCCUAAAGAGGAAUACAAGAUGCCUUCUUUACCAAAGAAUAACUACAAGAAACCAUCGGUUCAAGAAGAUAACUACAAGAAGGUGCCAACUGUUCCAGAGGUACCCUCAGUGCCUAAAGAGGAAUACAAGAUGCCUUCUUUACCAAAGAAUAACUACAAGAAACCAUCGGUUCAAGAAGAUAACUACAAGAAGGUGCCAACUGUUCCAGAGGUAUCCUCAGUGGCUAAACCAGAAUACAAGGUGCCGUCUUUGCCAAAAAAUGACUACUACAAGAAAACAUCAGUUCCAAAAGAUAACUACAAGAAGGUGUCAUCUGUUUCAGAGGCACCCUUAGUGCCUAAACAGGAAUACAAAGUGCCUUAUUUGUUAAAGAAUGACUACUACAAGAAGCCAUCAAUUCCAGAAGAUAACUAUAGGAAGGUGUCAUAUGUUCCGGUACCCUCAGUGCCUAAACAUGAAUACAAAGUGCCUUCUUUGCCAAAGAAUGACUAUUACAAAAAGCCAUCAGUUCCAGAAGAUAACUACAAGAAGGUGCCAUCUGUUCUAGAGGUACCCUCGGUGCCUAAACAGGAAUAUAAAGUGUUUUCUUUGCCUAAGAAUGACUAUUACAAGAAGUCAUUUGUUCCAGAAGAUAACUAUAAGAAGGUGCCAUCAGUUUCAACAGAUAAUGACUACAAGGUACCAUCAGUACCUAAACAAGAAUACAAGAUGUCUUCUUUGCCAAAGAAUGACUACAAAAAACCAUCAAUUCCAGAAGAUAACUACAAGAAGGUGCCAACUGUUUCAGAGAUACCCUUAGUGCCUAAACCAAAAUACGAGAUGCCGUCUUUCCCAAAAACGGACUACUUCAAGAAACCAUCACCUUCUCCAUCACCACCACCUCCAUAUUACUAAAUUUUCAUCUCUCAUGUUCAACAUGUUUCAAUGAAGUCCUUCUCCAGCUCAACAUAUAUAACCCAUAGGGUUCUCAUAUUAAGAGUUCGAAGGCAUGAUAUCAA